GAAGGUUGCGGCGGCAUGAACGGAGGGGCGUCGCUGGGGCUCAGGACGUCCGGGAGCUAUGGAUCCUUGCAGCAGUCCAGCGGCCUGUUGGCGUCGCCGGCGCCGUCGCCGCCGCUCGCGCUCCGGAAGCCCGCGAAGCUGUCCCUUGGAGGCGCCGGCGCCGGCGGCCGCGGGGGCGAGCGCCUCCUCUUCGCCCGGAUCUGCAUGUUCGCCAGCCGGCGCCAGCGGAUGCUCCUGCUCCUCCUCGUCGCCGUCGUUGUGCUCUUAUGCUUCCACUUCUCAUCACUUGUCAGUAAAGAUGAAGUUGCAGCACCUGGUACCGAGACCAUGCUGGGGAUUUCGGAUCAUGUCCUGAGCUUCGUAAAUCCUGGUUGGACAUCCUCUUUCAGUGGAAAUGAUCUAAAUACAACAUCACUGACUGGAAAACAGUCUGACAUCAGUAACGAAAAGGUUCAGGGUCCUUUGUGGACUUUCCCACCAGCUAUUGCUCUGGAGCGCCAUCCUUGUGAGAAUUUCUCAUUUUCUCCUCCACCUGUUGAUAGGAAACGCACUGGACCACGGCCAUGUCCUGUUUGUUACGUGCCUGUUGAGCAGGCCUUGGCAUUGAUGCCACGUGCUCCAACAGCAUCACCUAUCCUUCAUAGUCUAAAUUAUGUGUCUGAGGACCAUUUGGUUUUGAAAGAGUCCGGGAGUGGGUCUUUGUUUGGUGGUUAUCCAUCCCUGGAACAACGAGAUAUGUCUUAUGACAUAAAAGACUCGAUGACAGUACAUUGUGGAUUUGUGAGGGGGAAGAUACCUGGUCUCAAUACUGGAUUCGAUGUAGAUGAAGCUGAUCUGUAUGAGAUGCGGAAGUGUCACGGAACAGUUGUUGCUUCUGCUAUUUUUGGGAAUUAUGAUAUAAUUCAGCAACCAGAAAAUAUUAGUGAAUUUUCAAAGGAUACUGUUUGCUUCUUCAUGUUUCUGGAUGAAGAAACGGAAGCUGCAAUAAAGAACACCACUACUGUUGAUAAUAUGAAAAGAAUCGGGCUGUGGCGUGUGGUUGUUGUCCACAACCUUCCAUAUUCAGAUGCAAGGAGGAAUGGAAAGGUUCCGAAACUAUUACUACAUCGACUUUUUCCUAACGUGAGAUAUUCACUCUGGAUUGAUGGGAAACUUAAACUAGUGAAGGAUCCUUAUCAGCUAUUAGAGAGAUUCUUGUGGAGGAAAAACGUUAGCUUCGCAAUUUCCAGGCAUUAUAGACGCUUUGAUGUCUUUGAGGAAGCUGAGGCGAACAAGGCUGGUGGAAAGUAUGAUAAUGCUUCAAUUGAUAACCAAAUAGAGUUUUACAAGAGAGAGGGUUUAACCCAUUAUUCGUCAGCUAAGCUUCCUAUUACGAGUGAUGUCCCUGAGGGCUGUGUGAUAAUAAGGGAGAACAUCCCCAUCACUAAUCUCUUCACAUGCCUUUGGUUUAAUGAAGUUGAUCGCUUCACCUCAAGAGAUCAGAUAAGCUUUAGCACAGUGAGGGAUAAAAUACGAUCAAGAGUUAAUUGGACUGCAGACAUGUUUUUGGAUUGUGAAAGGCGUGAUUUUGUUGUUCAGGCAUACCACAGAGAGCUCAUGGAGCAAAGGCUGGCUGCCUUAAGAAGCCAGCCUCCACCGCCUCCUCCUGUGGUGCGCGCUCAACAACCCCGAAAGAUGCUCCCAGACAAUGCAGCAAAGGAACCCGUGAGAGCUUCUGCAACCAAGAAGUCGACAGGGAAGCGCUCACGGAAAUCAAGCUCAAAACGGCCCCAUAGAACGAAAGCCACCAGUGGGAAGGAAACCGUUCAACUGUAAAUCUGCGGAGAAAUUUUGCCCCCUAUACAGCUGCGGAUCAGAUUGGCAUCCAGCACGGAUUGGUUUAUUUAACUCCUGUUCAUGUUCCCCUCCCAAAGGCUUCAAAAUUUUGUCAGGACUUGUUGAUAGAGGAUUACAAUUUUUUGGUGUAAAUAAACAUUUCGGUGUAAAGGUGGAUUUAACUAGCAGAUGCUUCAGUUCAAUAUAUUAUCCUUUUGUUUCGAA